ACCACUUUCCCCGAAAUGAGGAAGGACCCAGGCGUCCGGGCAGCCCCUCCCCCACCCCGCUGUGGGUGGACCCAGGAGUCCUGGGGCUCCCAACCCCCACCCAGCUGCACCCGGAAACCUGCGGACCCCCCCAAAAAGUGGGUCCCGCACCCCCUCACCACGGGUGGACCCAGGCGUCCGGGUGGACUCAGGUGUCUGGGUGAACCCCCACCCCAAGUGGACCCAGGCGUCCGGGACUCACCCAUUGGCUCCCAACCCCCACCCAGGUGGACCCACGCAUCCGGGGGGUGCCCCCCCCGCUACAUCUAUGGGUGGACCCAGGCGUCCGAGCCUGGUUGGCAUGGGCGGACCCAGGCGUCCGGGUGCUGGUUAUACAUUAACCGCUGGUGCCACCAUAAAGGGACCCCCGGGACCCCCCCGGUGUCACUGUCACCACCCGCCCCCACGACCAUGGGGGCUCCGGCGCUGCCCCCCCCGCUCGUCCUGGGGCUCCUGCUGCUGCCAUUGGCCACCGCCCAGCUGGUGACCAUGGUGGCCCCGGCCGUGCUGCGGUUGGACACGGAGGAGCAGGUGGUGCUGGAGGCCCCAGGUUUGACGGUGGCCACCGAGGCCACCCUGCUGGUCCAGGACUUUCCCGGCAAGCGCCAGGUUCUCUACCAGGUCCGGGUCCCCAUCAACCCGGCACAGGGCAUGUUGGCCACGGCCACCAUCAAGGUGUCGGCCAAGGUGCUGCCGCCGGCCCAGGGGAAGCGUUUCGUGUCGGUGACGGCGCGGGUGGCCCAGGUGACACUGGAGAAGGUGCUGCUGGUGUCACUGCAGAGCGGCCACAUCUUCGUGCAGACGGACAAGCCCAUCUACACCCCCAGCUCCACCGUCCUUUGCCGCCUCUUCGCCCUGGACCACCGCAUGGAACCAGCACCCAAGACGGUGGUCGUGGAGUUCAAGACCCCCGACAACAUCAUCGUCAAACAAGUGCCCGUGUCCUCGCCCAUGAAAACCGGCAUCUUCUCGCUCAACCAUUACCUGCCCGAGGUCGUCAGCUUGGGGACGUGGACAAUUAUGGCCAAAUUUGAAGAUUCGCCAGAACAGGUCUUCUCCACCCAAUUUGAAGUCAAGGAGUAUGUGCUGCCGAGCUUUGAGGUGCUCCUGGAGCCCGAGGAGAAGUUCCUGUACAUCGACCGGCAGGAGGAUUUCCGGGUGACCGUCACCGCCAGGUACCUGUACGGGAAGCACCUGCAGGGCUCGGCGUUCGUCCUCUUCGGCGUCAUGGUGGACGACGAGAAGAAGAGCAUCCCCCAGUCCCUGCAGCGCAUCCAGGUGACCGACGGGGACGGGGAGGCCAUACUGUCCAUGGCCGACCUGCGGCAGCGGUUCAAGAACCCCCAGGAGCUGGUGGGACAUUCGCUCUACGUGUCCGUCACCGUCCUCACUGACUCAGGCAGUGACAUGGUGGAGACGCAGCGCAGUGGCAUCCACAUCGUGACGUCCCCCUACACCAUCCACUUCACCCACACCCCCAAGUACUUCAAGCCGGGGAUGCCCUUUGACCUGACGGUCUACGUCACCAACCCCGAUGGGUCCCCGGCUCCUCGUGUCACCGUCAAGGCUGAUGGCUUCCAGGGGAUCGUCUCCACCCAACGCGACGGCACGGCCAAGCUGGUCCUCAACAUGCCAGCCAACAAGGACACUGUCCCCAUCACCGUGCGGACGGACCAGCCAGGGCUGCCGGCCGAGCGCCAGGCCUCGCGGCAGAUGACGGCGGAAGCGUACCGCAGCCAGGGCUCCUCCGGCAACUUCCUCCACUUGGCCGUGGGGGCCACCGAGGUGAAGCCCGGGGACAACCUCGUCGUCAACUUCCACCUCAAGAGCAGCAGCAACGCCGUCCGCGACGCCGUGCGGUUCUUCACCUACCUGAUCAUGAGCAAGGGCCGCAUCGUGCGCGUGGGGCGGCAGGCACACGAGGCCGGGCAGAGCCUGGUCACCAUGUCACUGCCGGUGACGGCCGAGCUCAUCCCCUCCUUCCGCAUCGUGGCCUAUUACUACGUGAUGCCCAGCGAGAUCGUGGCCGACUCCGUCUGGGUGGACGUCAAGGACACGUGCAUGGGCAGCCUGGUGGUGAAGGGCGCAUCGGAGGCCGACAACCGCGUCCACGAGCCGGGGACGCCCAUGCGGCUGCGCAUCGAGGGCGACCACAAGGCCCACGUGGGGCUGGUGGCCGUGGACAAGGGCGUCUUCGUCCUCAACAAGAAGCACAAGAUCACCCAGGCCAAGGUAUGGGACACAGUGGAGAAGAGUGACAUUGGCUGCACCGCGGGCAGCGGGAGGGACAACGUGGGCGUCUUUGCGGACGCCGGGCUGAGCAUCGUCACCAGCGAGAAGGUCACCACGCCACAGCGAGCGGAGGUCCAGUGUCCCCAACCUGCCAAGCGCAAGCGCCGCUCCCUGCAGCUCAUGGAGUACAAGGGCACCAAGGCGGCCGAGUACACGGACAAGGCGCAACGCAAGUGCUGCGAGGACGGGAUGAAGGACAACCCCAUGGGACACAGCUGUGAGCACCGGGCCACCUACAUCCAGGACGGGGAGACUUGUGUCCAGGCCUUCCUGACCUGCUGCAACUACAUCAAGGGCAUCCGCGAGCAGAAGCAGCGCGAGCUCCAUCUCCAGCUGGCGCGAAGGGUUGGUCUCCUGAGGCCACGGUCGAGGGGGAUGGUGCCGCCCCCAGGCGAGGUGGACGAUGGAUUCCUGGACGAUGACGACAUCCCCUCGCGGAGCCUCUUCCCGGAGAGCUGGUUGUGGCAGGAGGAGACGCUGACGGAGCCGCCCAAUGAUCUGGGCAUCUCCGGAAAGACUCUGCCCAUCUACCUGAAGGACUCCAUCACCACCUGGGAGGUCUUGGCCGUCAGCCUGUCCCCAACCAAGGGGCUGUGUGUGGCCGACCCAUACGAGAUCACGGUGAUGAAGGAGUUCUUCAUCGACCUGCGCCUGCCCUACUCCGUGGUGAGGAACGAGCAGGUGGAGAUCCGCGCCGUCCUCUACAACUACUGGACCCACGAGAUCACGGUUCGCGUGGAGCUGGUCCACAACCCGGCCAUCUGCAGCGCGUCCACCUCCAAGACGCGCUACCAGCAGAUCCUCAAGCUGAAGCCACAAUCGUCCUGGGCUGUCCCCUUCGUCAUCGUCCCCUUGCAGCUGGGACAACACGAUGUGGAGGUCAAGGCCGCCGUCCGGGGCAGUUUCGUGGCCGACGGUGUCAAGAAGAAGCUCAAAGUUGUGCCCGAAGGGAUAAGGUUGGAGAAGACGGUGAAGAUUGUUGAGUUGGAUCCGAAGACGAAGGGAAUCAAUGGUGUCCAAGAAGAGCGGGUGAGGGCAGCCAACCUCUCCGACAUCGUCCCCAACACCGAAUCGGAGACCAAAGUCAGCAUCCAAGGCAACCCUGUGUCCAUCCUGGUGGAGAAGGCCAUCGACGGGGACAAGCUGAAGCACCUCAUUGUGACGCCGGCGGGCUGCGGCGAGCAGAACAUGAUCGGGAUGACGCCCACGGUCAUCGCCACCCACUACCUGGACAGCACCCAGCAGUGGGAGAGCUUCGGCAUCGACCGGCGCGCCGAGGCCGUCAACUUGAUCAAAAAAGGUUACACCCAACAACUCGCUUUCCGCAAGCCCGACAACUCCUACGCCGCCUUCAAGGACCGGCCAUCAAGCACCUGGUUGACGGCCUAUGUGGCCAAAGUCUUCUCCUUGGCCAUCACGCUGGUGGACAUCGAGCCCGAAGUGGUUUGCGGGGCCGUCAAGUGGCUCAUCUUGGAGAAGCAGAAGCCUGAUGGCAUCUUCCAAGAAGACGCUCCCGUCAUCCACAAGGAGAUGGUGGGCGGGUACCAAGGCGCCGAACCCGAGGUGUCCCUCACGGCCUUCGUCCUCAUUGCGCUGCAGGAGUCCCGGGAGAUCUGCAAGGACCGCGUCAACAGCUUGGAGAGGAGCAUCACCAAGGCCGCCCAGUACCUCACCAAGAGGUACCAAUCGCUGGCCCGGCCCUACACGGUGGCCUUGACCUCCUACGCACUGGCCCUGACCGGCCACCUCAAGAGCGAGAAGGUUCUCAUGAAGUUCUCCAAAGGGGGGAAGAGCUGGGAGGAACGUAACGCCCGCACCUACAACAUGGAGGGGACGUCCUACGCGCUGCUGGCCCUGCUGCAGAUGGAGAAGGCAGAGCUGACGGGGCCGGUGGCCCGGUGGUUGGCCCAGCAGAACUACUUCGGUGGUGGCUACGGGUCCACUCAGGCCACCAUGCUGGUGUUCCAGGCGCUGGCCCAGUACCAGCUGGCGUCCCCGCGGCAGCUGGAGCUCAACCUGGACGUGUCGCUGCUGCUGCCGCGUCGCGCCAAACCCGUCACCUACCGCAUCGAGAACCGCAACGCGCUGGUGGCGCGGUCCGCAGAGACCAAGCUGAACGAGGACUUCACGGUGAAAGCCGAGGGCACGGGCAAGGGGACAAUGACAGUGGUGACCGUCUACAAUGCCAAGGUCCCCGAGAAGGACAACAAGUGUGACAACUUCGACCUGAGGGUGCAGGUGGAGGACGUCAAGGCGGGCAAGGAAGAGGACGGCGUUGUCCGCUCCGUCAAGAUCACCAUCUGCACCAGGCACCUGGACAAUGUGGAUGCCACCAUGUCCAUCCUGGAUGUGUCCAUGCUCACCGGCUUCUCGCCCGACCUGCAGGACCUGAAGAGGCUCACGGAAGGGGUGGACAGGUACAUCUCCAAGUUCGAGAUCGACAAAGCGCUGGCAGAGCGCAGCAACCUCGUCAUCUACCUGGACAAGAUCUCCCACAAGGCCGAGGAGUGUUUUGCCUUCAAGGCCCAUCAGCGGUUCCGCGUGGGCCUGAUCCAGCCAGCGGCCGUCACCGUCUACAGCUACUACAAGAUUGAUGACCGUUGCACCCGUUUCUACCACCCGGACAAGGACGGGGGACAACUGAGCAAGAUCUGCUAUGGGGACGUCUGCCGCUGCGCCGAAGAAAACUGCUUCGUGCGGCACAAGGACGACGUCGCCGUCACCGUCAACCAGCGCAUCGAGCGUGCCUGCGAGGCCGGGGUUGACUACGUGUACAAGGUGAAGCUGGUGGCCACGGAGCAGUCGCCGUCACACGACAACUACAUCAUGACCGUCCUCUCUGUCAUCAAGACGGGGACCGACGAGGACCCGGCCGGGAGCAACCGGACCUUCGUGAGCCACCGGCAGUGCCGGGACGCGCUGCAGCUGCGGCUCGGGCAGGAAUACCUGGUGUGGGGCCUGGCCAGCGACAUGUGGGUCACCAACGGCCGCUUCUCGUACCUGGUGGGGAAGGACACGUGGCUGGAGCUGUGGCCCUCGGAGGACGCGUGUCAGGAGCCGGACCUCAUGUCCCUGUGCCAGGACCUGCUGGAUUUCGCCGAGGCCAUGACCAUGUUCGGGUGCCCGUCCUGAGCCCCCCACCCAUGGGUGCCCGCUAUGGGUGCCCCGCACCCUCCCGUCCCCCCACACACACUUUUUUAGGGGUUAAAUAAAGGCCUUACUGACA